UAAUCUGGUAGGUGUUCUGUUAAGGCUUCCAGGUUUUCUGUGGGCUGCCGUGCUGGAGUGCGCACACGUUGCAUGGCGCGUUGUUUAGAGCGUAGCUGUGGAUACGUUGUGGCGAUAUAGGUGUGAGCAGGAUGACAGCGCUACUCGAGGACGCCCACGAAGGUUUAGAGCUGCCACAACGAGUGAAUCGCGUGGCAUAUGUGAGGGGACAGUAUGCCUACUACCACUACGGAUGCGACGGCCUCGAUGACAGAGGCUGGGGCUGUGGCUAUCGGUCACUGCAGACCAUCUGUUCGUGGGUGGUAUUGCAAAAGCGCAAGGCUGGGAAAGAAGCGAGGGCUGUGCCGAGCAUCGCCGAGAUCCAGGCUGCCCUCGUGUCUCUCGGCGACAAGGAGGCCCACUUUGAGGGCUGUUGUGACUGGAUUGGUAGCACAGAGGUGUUCCUCUGUCUCGACCACUUCUACCAGGUUCCCUGUCGUAUCCUGCACGCCAGCACUGGUGGCCAGGUCGCCCACCAUGUUGAUGCCCUGCUGAGGCACUUCGAACAGCUAGGCUCACCAGUCAUGAUGGGUGGCGACUGUGACGCAUCUUCCAAAGGCAUUCUCGGAGUCUGCCAGACAUCAUCAGGAGAAUCCCACCUACUUGUUCUUUUCUCCACAGAUUGCCAGAAGGGUGAUAUCGUCAGACCAGCCAUGUGCAAAUGCCACGAUGCGUCUUGCAGAAGCACCAAAGACUCAGGCGGCCAGCUUAGCUGCCUCGUUGUGGCCGCAGGUUUCAGCCAGGCUGUGACAUUGUAUGGAGAGCUGCCAGAGCUGCCAAAAUUUUCUCUGGACCCACAUUGGUACAGGAAUGAUGCAAAACACGGCCUUCUCGCUGGAGCCAGAGCCAAUCUGCAGCAGAACGGCUGGAUCUCAUGGCUUUCUCUAGAUUCCCUCAUGGAGAGUUCCUUCUACAAUCUGUGCCUGCCAUUGCUUCCCUCCACAGAAGACAACACCUUGUGAUCUCACUUACCUAGAUUAGCACUUCUUGCCUUCAGAACAUGAUGUCGAUUGUUUUCUUCAAAGUGGCACUCGAGGGACAUCAACAGUAGUUUCAUGGGGAAGAUGAUGACUUGAAGAAAUUGAAGGUUUGUGAAGAGGCCAACAUUUUAACGAAUAGACUCGCGGUAGACUCGUGAUAAUUCAAAUUUUUAAUGGAUGAUUGAUAUGUGGGGUUUAACGUCCAUAUGAUUGGGGUUUAACGUCCAAAACCACCAUAUGAUUAUGAGAGAUGCCAUAGUGGAGGGCUUUUUGACUACCUGGGGUUCUUUAACAUGCACCCAAUUUUUUUUAUCAUUCAUACUUUCGGUUAAUUCAAACAAAAUUCAAUUUUUUGGUUGACCCUCUAUUUUUUCAGUGUAUUUAAAAGCCUCUUAAUUCAAACUCCAUCAUUCUGUUAAUUCAUACUUCUUGCAGGUCCAUACCAGAAAACAUCUGCUGCUUUCCCACUACUAUUUAAAAAUUUUUGUGUUUAUAUAGUCCUAACAGUCUAAAACUCAAAAAUAAGAAUCCCUGGUCUUCAAGAAAAAAGGCUUUGCUAGUAAACAAAUGUUUGAAAAAAGCACAAGCAUGGUAAACCGUGAUGCUUUUCAACUGGUAUAAAGAGCUUUGUGCUGAAAGCACAUACCUUUAGCAAUAAAGCAGUUGGCAAUUCACAAUUUCUUUAAAAUGUGUGAUCAGCAACAAAUGGCCAAUAAACUUGCAGACUUUACACCUCUGC